AUGAGCAUUUCAGAAGCGCGAGAAGCUUCUUAUGUGCGGUUGUUUCAGCCUUCGGUAGCUCGUGCGAUUGCCGCUCAACUUAUCCAAGCCGUGGCUUACAUGCAUACUCGUGGCAUCGUUCAUGCGGAUCUUCAUGAGGCCAACAUCCUUGUUCGUUUACCCCAUUCCAUUGACAACCUUGCUCCAGACCAGCUCUACGAGAAGUAUGGGCAGCCUAAGCUCGAGCAAAUAACGCGGUUGGACGGACAACCUCUGGAUCAGUGGGUGCCUACUCAUGGUGUCGUACCAAUAUGGUUUGGAGAUGCCUGCGAAACUGUUUCGCUCGCCGACUCGCAUAUCUUCUUAAGCGACUUCGGCGAAUCCUCCCAGCCAGCAGUUGAUGUACCACAAUCUUCUCACACACCCUUGAUACUGAGAUCUCCAGAGAUACUCUUAGAGCCAAUGUCACAGGUUUCGUUUCCUGCUGAGAUCUGGAGUCUUGCGUGCGCGGUCUUCGCCAUCAUGGGUCAGCGGCCCCUGUUCGAUACCUGGUUCCCUAGUAGAGAUCGAAUUCUUGAAGAACACGUUGACACAUUGGGUUGUUUGCCUAAAGAGUGGUGGGCAAGUUGGUCGAAUCGCAACGAAAGUUUUGAUGAUCAACUCCAAAGAGUUGAUGGAUCACCGCGUCGGCUGCUGGAAGAUCGGUUGGAGAACUCAACACAGGAGCCACGAAAAGAAUCUGGAAUGAUAGAGAUGGACGAGGAAGAGAAGAAAGCCUUCCUUUCACUCUUGAGAUCGAUGUUAUCAUUCAGGCCAAACGACCGACCUUCAGCGCAACAGGUGCUCGAGUCCAACUGGAUGCAGAAAUGGGCUAAACCAGCGUUUGAGUUGAUGGAGGACAUUCCCAAUCCUUAG